AUGGCUUCUGGUUCAAUCUCCAAUCUUGAUAUAGUUCAAUCUUCUUUACCUUUCUUUAGAGAAGAAAAUUAUGACAGAUGGAGUGCAAAAAUGAAAACCCUUUUUAGAUCUCAAAAUCUAUGGGGAAUAGUAGAGAACGGUGUGAUCAAAGAAGGAACUGAUGCUGAGAAGUUGGCCAUCAGUAAUGAUGAUGCUAAAACUUUAUAUCUCCUUCAACAAUCUGUGGAAGACACUAUUUUUGACCUUAUUGUGAGAUUCACAAGUGCAAAAGAAGCAUGGGAGCACAUUCAAACUAAGAAUCAUGGAUCCUCUCGAAUUAUCUCUAUGAGAAGACAAACUCUUAGAGAGAAAUUUGAAGUUUUACAAAUGAGAGAAGAUGAAAGAGUUCAACAAAUAUGUGUCAAAGGUUGCAAGCUUAAUGAAGCAAGAUUUAACAGAUUUGUAGAUCAACCAAUAGAAAAGGUUCUUUAUGUGAAGGGAGAGGCAUCUACAAGCAGUGGUGAUCCUCAAGAGAGUGAAAAUUGGUCAACUAACUUUAAUAGAGGAAGAGGAUAUGCAAGAGGAAGAGGUAAAGGUUUCAGAGGCAGAGGAAGAGGAUAUGAUGGUGGUGGAAGAGGAGAUAUGAAUAGUGCAAGAGAGAAUUUUGAUGCUUCCAGAGGAUAUUCUCUUGGUUCUCAGAAUUACUUUCAACCAGAACAGUAG